CUAAAAUUCGCCUCGUCCCAGUGUGGCGCGAGCUUUUGUAGUGUGUUGUAGGCAUAGUUCGAACAACCACAACCACUCAACAUCCUAUAUUAACUUGAAAAGUAACAACCGCGAAUUAAGAAAACCGUGAAGUGCUAUCUCAUAAAAGAACUAUACGACCCCCAGUGCUUAAACCCAUUGAUAAGUGUGAUAAUGGGUGCAGAAUUCAAAGAUGCCGAUAUAAAUAUGGAAGAUUCCGGCAACAGUUGCGGUUCUAGUGUUGUUUCUGAUUACAGUGGUCCAUCCUACUCAGAUGUGGAUGGAGUUCAAGUCUCUGAUUUGGAAAUCGAAAGUGAUCUGCAUGUUCUACAGUGUGGGAUCGAAGCCGAUUCAGAUGAAGACGACGAAUUGGGAGCCAUGAAAGAUCUAACACUAAAGGAUUACAUUAGCACGAGCGCCACCACCACACAAGAGGAAGUCAAAAAUGUUGAAUCUCAACAACGACUGGCAGUCCUUAGCUUUGAACAAGUCAACCGUCUCAACGAAGUCAUGGACGAAGUUGUCAGUAUACACGGCCGAGGAAACUUCCCCACCUUAGAAAUCCGCCUCAAGGACCUCGUCAACGUCGUGAGGGGUAAACUUGAGGCGGAUAUCACUUCGGGGGGAGCGGGGCUAAAAGUCCGGGAUAUCAGAUUGAAUGGAGGCGCUGCUUCCCACGUUCUGGCAACAGAGACCCAGCCUUAUAACGACCUAGAUCUCAUUUUUGGGGUUGAGUUAUCCACCACGAGGAACUUCGACAAGAUCAAAUCCGCGGUACUCAGUUCUUUAUACGAGAUGUUACCAGAUGGAGUCAAUAGAAAACGCAUUUCCACUUGCAGUCUAAAGGAAGCUUAUGUCAGCAAAAUGGUCAAAGUCAAUCAGAACAUUGGCGGUGAUAAGUGGUCGCUAAUUUCAUUGGGCAACUGCCGAGGAAGAGGGGUGGAACUCAAAUUCGUUGACUGCAUGCGGAGGCAAUUCGAGUUCUCCGUCGAUUCCUUCCAAAUUAUCUUGGAUUCUCUAUUGCUCUUCUAUAAAUGUAGUGAAUUGCCAAUUAGUGAACAUUUUUAUCCUACCGUCGUCGGGGAGUCCGUUUACGGGGAUUUCCAAGAAGCGCUUUACCAUCUGCAGAAGAAAUUGAUCUCUACCCGACACCCUGAGGAAAUACGAGGUGGAGGAUUAUUGAAGUACUGCAAUUUGUUAGUGAAAAAUUACAAACCAGCCAGGCCAGAUUUCAUCAAAAGGUUACAAAGGUACAUGUGCUCCCGCUUCUUCAUAGAUUUUCCCGAUAUCUCCCAACAGAAAGCUAAGUUGGAAAAUUACUUAUGGAACCAUUUCGUCGAACCCGACGAAGAAGCUUUACGUCACCAGUACCUGAUGCUCCUUCAUGACGUCGUCGAAGAAUCGACCGUUUGCCUCAUGGGACACGAGAGGCGUCAAACCUUGCAGCUCAUUAAAAACCUAGCUUGGCAGGUUCUCUAUCAAGACCAACAGAGGAUUAUGACACAACAACCGCCCCCUCUAGUUUACGCAAACGGAAUCGUCUACGCCCCUGUCAUCCAAACCAACUGCUUCUGCACAUGUAACACGACGUGGAUGCAGUGUUGUUCGUGAUAUGAAAUUUGUGGGGGAGUUGCCGGCAGCGGCCGACUGCACACGAAUUCUAAUAUUUUGUGUGCGAAAACAACCGAUAACGGUCGCCCUACUAUGUGACGAUGAAAGCGUCGGUCGUAACCGUAAACAACUGACAACUACCGUUAAAGGAUACACUAAUUAAGUGACAGGUUCGGAACCGCUCAAUUCACGUUUCACGCGUCACUAUAAUUGCCAUGUGAGAAUCAUUCCGAAAUUUAUUGAAUUGAAAAACUGUGCAGAGCUGUCUUGAAACAAGUGUAGUAAUGAGAAUAGGUUGAAAGUUAAUUGCAUAAUAAUCAUUUAGAUAGAUCAAAGAAUCAAGAGGAGUCCUGGAUUUAAUUGAUUUCAAUAUCAGAAACUUUCAUUAAUUGUAGAUUGAAUGCUGAACUAAAUCAAAGCCUUCAGGAUUUUUUUUGCAUCAUGUGCGAAUUAGAGAUUCUUUCCACCAUUUAAAUACAUUUAUUUUCCAUGUGAAAAAGAUGAUAAAGAUUGGUUAUCAUAUUUUGAAUUUUCAAGAUUUUUCCAUUUAUUAAUGUUUUCACUUCCCACAGCCUACAAGAUUUGAAAAAAUUAACAAUGAAACCAAUAACAUUCGUUAGAUUCAUUUCAGAAAUCUUAGUAUUUAAUACAGAAGUUUUUUUUUACAAAUGGAAAGUGUUGGCACUUUUACUGUAAGAAUUUUUCACACGGGCUAGCUCUGGAAAAAGUAGUGAAAAUUCAUAUUCAAUGAGUAUACUUUUAUGUUAGUCUCCAAAUAAGAAGCUGAAAGAAGUUGAUGACAAAAUUGCUUUUCGGAUGAACCCAUCUCAGUACAACAACUUUUAGGAUGGCUCUAAUAUUUUCUUUUUGUGAAAUGAAGCUGACUGCUCUUAAAAUACAAAGCAGUAAUUUUGGUGUGAGUGGCUGUGAAAACGAAAACAUUAUUCUGGGUUGUGUGUAUGAAAAUAGCGAUUAGGGAGUGAGUUUCAUUUGAAAUGCCAUCUGAAGAGUCCAUCUUUGCUAAAUUCAUCAAAAAGCCCCCCAAAAUGAUUUUGUAUCAACUUUUCUCUCGGUCUGUUUCUCUAUUUGCACUUGUCCUCCUUCAGGCGAAUUUGAAGGAGUUUGACAAUAACAUUCGAAACUAGUCACUUCCUCGGAGAUAAGUUCAUAGAAAAUUUCCGGUAACUUUUUCGUUGUCUUGAAUUUAAUCAAGUACUUAUUGAUCUUUCAUACCAAUAUUCACCAUUUUUAAAUAUUUUCAUAUAUAAUUUCAUUUCCUCUGCCAAACAAGUAAAGGAAUUGACCUAUGUGUAAAAAAUUAUUUUGCCACAUAUCUUAUCACAUAUUCGGAAAUUUUUUAAAAACACUUCAAAUCUUAUACAUGAAUAAGGUAAUUCAUAAGUUUUGGACAGGUUUGAAAUGACAUAUUUUUAUUUUCUCUCUUUUUUUAUAUUUCAAAUAUUUCAUUCAAUUAUCUUCAGUGGAAUUGUAUCUUUGAUUUGAAAUUGUAUUUAUUUUUAUAUUUCCAUUCAUUGUUAGAAAUAUUUAUCUGAGUUUCAAACUCGCUACACCUUUAGGUUGCGUAUUGAGAUAUAUUAUCGUUUGAAAAUCUUCAGUUUGAUCGCCCAAUCGCAAUAAGUGUGAAAAUUACUUCCAUAUUGAAUAUUUUCAGAUAUAUGUUGUCAAUCGUAGGUAAUUUUAGGUCUAAUUUAAAUUGUAUUUUUAGAAUAAUGAUGAAACAUUCUCGAGUUAAACAGAAAUACAAUAGUAUUAGAGACAUAUUACAAAUCUAUAAUUCCUCUUAGUAGUAUUACUGAUUAUUCACUUGUAUCGUUCUAGAGACUUUCUAAUGAAAAAGUGAUGUAAGCAAAUGGAUGCUUAUUUGAAAGAUAUGAUAUAUCGAUUGUGAAAUAAUGUCUCCUUAUAUCAUAACAUUUUCUGUUUAACUCCCAAUGAAAUGACUCUUGACAAUGACCUCCGCAAAUUUUGCCAAUAAGUACUUAUUAGCUUGGGUGAAUGACUGAAUAAUGUGAAGGAAGGCCAGAAAUAGAUAUUCACCCUAAAAUUCACAUGAAAAGAUGACAUCUGCAACAUUUUUGACCGACCUAUUAAGAACGAGUCCUCUACUUGGGAUUCAGAAGUUGUAUAUUAUAUAUAUUAUGAAAUAAUAAAAAUAAACUUUGUCUAUUUUGAUUGAAAUAUAUGUAUGUUAAGGGCU